AUGACGGGAGCCCAGUCCCCCAGGGGCACUUCAGGGGGACUGGGAGCCACUGGGAGUUGCUGGGAGCUACCAGGAGCCGCCAUGGGGAAGGAGGAGAGCUACGAGCUGGGGCCUCGGGGCCCGGCCCCCCCCAAAGCACCAAAGGGCCGCGGCCGCCGCAAGCAGGAGCAGCUGGAGGACAUGAAGAAGGAGAUGGAUGUGGAUGACCACAAGCUCGAACUGCCCGACCUGGAGGCCAAGUACAGCACCAGCAUCACCAAGGGCCUGGUGGGGGCGGUGGCGGCUGAGCGGCUGCUGCGGGAUGGCCCCAACGAGCUGCGCCCCCCCCGGGGGACCCCUGAGUGCGUCAAGUUUGGGCGGCAGCUGGCUGGGGGGCUCCAGUGCCUGAUGUGGGUGGCAGCGGCCAUUUGCCUCAUCGCCUACGGCGUGCAGGAGGGGCAGGGCGAUCGCGGCAGCGCCGACAACCUUUACCUCGCCAUCGCCCUCAUUGCUGUUGUCGUUGUCACUGGCUGCUUUGGCUACUACCAGGAGUUCAAGAGCACCAACAUCAUUGCCAGCUUCAAGAACCUCGUUCCCCAGCAAGCCACAGUGAUCCGGGAAGGGGACAAGCUGCAGAUCAAUGCCAACGAGCUGGUGGUUGGGGACCUGGUGGAGAUCAAAGGCGGGGACCGAGUGCCUGCAGACAUCCGCAUCAUCUCAGCCCAGGGCUGCAAGGUGGACAACUCGUCGCUGACGGGGGAGUCUGAGCCGCAGACGCGGUCACCCGAGUGCACCCAUGACUCGCCCCUGGAGACCCGCAACAUCGCCUUCUUCUCCACCAUGUGCCUGGAAGGGACCGCCACGGGGCUGGUGAUCAACACGGGUGACCGGACCAUCAUUGGGCGCAUCGCCAGCCUGGCCUCGGGUGUGGAAAACGAGAAGACGCCCAUCGCCAUCGAGAUCGAGCACUUCGUUGACAUCAUCGCCGGCCUCGCCAUCUUCUUCGGCGCCACCUUCUUUGUGGUGGCCAUGGUCAUCGGAUACCCCUUCCUCCGUGCCAUGGUCUUCUUCAUGGCCAUCGUCGUGGCCUAUGUCCCCGAGGGGCUGCUGGCCACUGUCACAGUUUGCCUCUCACUGACGGCAAAGCGGCUGGCACGGAAGAACUGCGUGGUGAAGAACCUGGAGGCGGUGGAGACGCUGGGCUCCACCUCGGUGAUCUGCUCUGACAAGACCGGGACCCUCACCCAGAACCGCAUGACGGUGGCACACCUCUGGUUCGACAACCAGAUCCACACGGCUGACACCACUGAGGACCAGUCGGGUCAGAGCUUCGACCAGUCAUCGGAGACGUGGACGCUGCUGAGCCGCGUCGUCACCCUCUGUAACAGGGCCCAGUUCAAGUCUGGCCAGGAGAACGUCCCCGUGGCUAAGCGCGAGGUCAUCGGCGACGCCUCGGAGACGGCGCUGCUGAAAUUCGCUGAGGUGACGGUAGGGACGGUGUCGGAGGCACGGGGACGCUUCCCCAAGGUGGCCGAGCUGCCCUUCAACUCCACCAACAAGUUCCAGCUCUCAGUGCACGCGGCGGGGGACCGCCAGCUGCUGGUGCUGAAGGGGGCCCCCGAGCGGGUGCUGGAGCGCUGCAGCACCGUCAUGAUCAAGGGGCAGGAGCUGCCGCUCGACGCCCAGUGGCGGGAGGCCUUCGAGGGGGCCUACGCCGACCUGGGGGGCCGCGGGGAGCGUGUCCUGGGGUUCUGCGCGCGCUGGCUGCCCGCAGGGACGGUGGCAGCAGGGACAGACCCCGAGGCGCUGCCCGAGGUGGCCGUGGGCCUCUGCUUCGCCGGGCUGGUGGCCAUGAUCGACCCCCCGCGGGCCACCGUGCCCCGCGCCGUGCUCAAGUGCCGCACGGCUGGCAUCAGGGUGAUCAUGGUGACCGGUGACCACCCAAUCACGGCCAAGGCCAUCGCUGCUGCUGUCGGCAUCAUCUCGGAGGGCAGCGAGACCCCCGAGGACGUGGCGGCGCGGCUGCGGGUGCCCCUGGAGCAGGUGGACCCCAGGCAGGCGCGGGCACGAGUGGUGACGGGGGCCGAGCUGGCUGGCAUGGCCCCGGGCGUCCUCGAGGGGAUCCUGCGCGCCCACCCGGAGAUGGUCUUUGCCCGGACAUCACCGCAGCAGAAGCUUGUCAUCGUGGAGAGCUGCCAGCGGCUGGGCGCCAUCGUGGCGGUGACGGGGGACGGGGUGAACGACUCCCCAGCGCUGAAGCGCGCCGACAUCGGGGUGGCCAUGGGCAUCGCCGGCUCCGACGCCGCCAAGAACGCGGCCGACAUGAUCCUGCUGGAUGACAACUUCGCCUCCAUUGUCACCGGCGUGGAGCAAGGCCGCCUGAUCUUUGACAACCUGAAGAAGUCCAUCGCCUACACGCUGACCAAGAACAUCCCCGAGCUGACGCCCUACCUCAUCUACAUCACAGCCAGCGUGCCGCUGCCGCUGGGCUGCAUCACCAUCCUCUUCAUCGAGCUCUGCACCGACAUCUUCCCCUCGGUGUCCCUGGCCUACGAGCGCGCCGAGAGUGACAUCAUGCACUUGAAGCCGCGCAACCCCCGGCGCGACCGCCUGGUGAACGAGCCCCUGGCUGCCUACUCCUACUUCCAGAUUGGCGCCAUCCAGUCAUUCGCCGGCUUCACCGACUACUUCGUGGCCAUGGCGCAGGAGGGCUGGUGGCCGCUGCUCUGCCUGGGACUGCGCCCGCGCUGGGAGGACACGCACGAGCAGGAGCUGCAGGACAGCUACGGGCAGCAGUGG